GACCACAGCACACUCCAAGAUCAGUUCGUAGCCAUGAGAAUAAAUAUCAUAAGCCGCAAUAUUUUCAUAUGGGGCUACAAACACCGACAUAUUGACGUAAAUAUCCCUUUUCGCCAUCCCUCCUUCUCCAGAUCCUACUUGAAUUCAAAUCCCCUUUCCCAAACUCGACCUGAGAAGAAUCCACAGACCCACUCACAGUCUGAUCCUACAGUAACCCUUUAUGACAAUAACCAAGAGAUCAGUAGCCUUGGGCAUCGGGGAAAAGUUGUCGAGGCCAGGAGAGUGUUCGAUGGAAUGCCCCACAGAGAUAUUGUCUCCUAUGCGUCAAUGGUAAAUGUUUAUGUGAAGAAUAAGGAGCUUGUGGAAGCCGAAAGCCUUUACCUUUCCAUGCCAGAAAGGAAUGUCGUGUCUGACUCUGCAAUGAUUGAUGGUUAUGCCAAGGCUGGGAGAAUAGACGAGGCUCGGAGGCUCUUUGAUGGAAUGCCCGGCAAGAAUGUCUACUCUUGGACCAGUUUGGUUUCUGGGUAUUUUCACAUUGGAAAUGUGGAUGAAGCACGUAGGUUGUUUCGGCAGAUGCCCGAGAAAAAUGACGUUUCAUGGACUGCAGCUUUGAUGGGCUUUGCGAGGAAUGGGUUGAUUGAAGAAGCACGUAGUAAUUUCGACGAAAUGCCCCAUAGGAAUGUCAUUGCUUGGACUGCCAUGAUCAGGGCUUAUAUUGAGAACCAUGACCUUGAUAGAGCGCUCAAACUCUUUGAGCUAAUGCCAGAGCGUAAUUUAUAUUCGUGGAAUGUUAUUAUUCAAGGCUGUUUCGAUUAUCUUAGGGUGGAUGAGGCUAUGGAACUAUUUAAUAGAAUGCCAAGGAAAAAUGAGGUCUCUUGGACCAUAAUGGUAACUGGUCUUGCACACAAUGGGCUGACAGAAUCAGCAAGGAUGUAUUUUGAUCAGAUGCCGUAUAAAGAUGUGGCAGCCUGGAAUGCUAUGAUCUCUGUUUACUCUGGUGAAGGCCUGAUGAGCAAAGCUUCUGAGCUUUUUGAAUCGAUGCCAAAUAAGAAUGUUAUCAGUUGGAAUACGAUGAUUGAUGGAUAUGCCAAAAGUGGAGCUGAUGGUGAAGCCAUGAAGCUUUUUCGAUCCAUGCUUCGAUAUGGAAGAAGGCCAAACCAAACUACUAUUACCAGUGUCCUGACUUCAUGCAGUGGUGAUCUUGAGUUAUUGCAGAUUCACGCACUGGCCUUACUGCUAGGGUUAGAACAUGAGGUGUCCGUCACUAAUUCUCUGAUCACCCUGUAUUCUAGAAAUGGAGACCUUACCUCCUCGAUGAUUGCUUUCGAAAACCAUAAAACGAAGGAUGUUGUGUCAUGGACUGCAAUGAUACUUGCAUAUGCUUAUCAUGGUCUUGCCAUUCACGCAUUGCAAACCUUUGCACAAAUGCUAAGAUCAGGAGAGAAGCCCGAUGACAUCACAUUUGUGGGCGUGUUGUCAGCAUGCAGUCAUGCAGGUUUGGUGAUGAAGGGUCAGAAGCUUUUUGAUGCCAUGGUGCAUGCCUAUGGACUAAAACCAAGAUCUGAGCACUACUGUUGCCUUGUCGAUAUUUUAGGAAGGGCUCGGCUCCUUGACAAGGCUAUGAGGGUUGUGGCACAUAUGCCACCAGAAGAGGUAGAUGGGGCUGUCUUAGGGGCACUACUUGGCGCGUGCAAACUAUAUGGAGAUGCCGCACUAGCAAGCCAGAUUGGGAAUGAACUUAUCAAACUUGAGCCGAGUAGUUCCGGUGCUUAUGUACUCUUGGCAAAUGCAUAUGCUGCUUCUGGUAACUGGGACAAUUUUGCACAGGUACGCAAGAAGAUGAAACGAAGGGAGGUAAAAAAGGUGCCCGGGUUUAGUCAAAUAGAAGUCAGUGGUAAGUGUCAUGUAUUUUGUGUGGGGGAUAGGUCCCAUACUGAAAUGAGUCAGAUCUAUGAGGUGCUGCAAGAGAAGCUUCAGCCUUUGAUGCGGGAAACGGUUUUAAGUUAUCAAGACCCUCUCUUUAGUGAUGUAGUGUUAAUCUAACUUUGACAAGUACUACUUUGCUUACCUACCUGCAACUCUGCAAGUGCAGUAUAACACAUGGAGAUCAAUGCAAAGGUGGUCUACUGGUACUUUUAAUCUUUAAGGCAAAAUUUUCAUUUUCUCCAUUGGAUUAAUCACACAAUUCUUUUAUGUAAUGUUGUGAUUAGUUUACAAAUUAAUUUAGAUUCCGAUU